AUGACUGGUACACCGGAUAGUUGUAGAAACGAGCUCAUUCUCCACGAGGGAGACACCCAAGACCCACAGGAAAUAUCAUCUCACGAAGAUGUGAUCACGACGUUACUAAUUUCCAUCAUGGCCCUCCAAGAAAAGGUGGCUAGGAAUGAGGUUGCCAAUGCCGACAAAGAUGGCUCAACUGAAGGAAAAAUGUCCCUUCCUCUCCCUCCUUCACUAAGCUCUCCAAUGCCAGAUCACUUCCCCAUCUACCCACCAGGAACCAUCCCACCUCCAUUAAAUCCAACUAACCCAAAUCACGUUCCAGUAUCCAUCAACUCGGCAAACCAAGUACGUGUUCCAGCCCCACCAACUGGGAAAACCACCACUGCCCUGCUCAACCAUCUCACUCACCAAGUAUCCUUCUUUACUUCGAAUAUCCCAAAUGAAUCCUCCCCAGGGCAUAAAGAGCUAGAUCAUUACGCCGAAAUGGAUAAGGCCUGGAGGGCCGAACAGAAUAAGCGUGAGAGAGAUAUGGAAAAGAAGAUGAAAGAGUUACUGGAAAGAUCCAACAGGUCGGCAAGGAAGGCUAUAGGCCUAAGAUAUGAUGACCUGUGCAUGCAUCAAGAAUUGGACCUACUAGAAGGGUUCAAAAUUCAGAAAUUUGAAAUGUUCAAUGGGACAAGGAAUCCCAAAGCGCAUCUUCGAUCCUACUAUGACCAACUUGUCGGGGUUAAGACUAAUGAUCCUCUGAUUAUGUGA